CUCUCAGUGAGGAACGAGGGUUCGACUCUGCAGCUCGGUCACUGUCUUGCCUGCGGAGAGAGAGAGAGAGAGAGAGAUGGCGAUGAGGGCUGCGAUUCUUCGCCACAUUAAAGUCCCUGUAAGGUCGCAAGCUCUCGCCGGCCUCAGGUCCCGGGAAUGGAACCUCUCCGGCGGCGCUCUGGUCCGCUUCAUGUCCUCUCAUGACGAGCAUCUCACCAAGGAGGAAGUCAUGGAGAGGGUCCUCUCCGUUGUCAAGAGCUUCCCCAAAGUCGAUCCCUCCACGGUGACUCCCGAUGUACAUUUUCAGAAGGAUCUGGGUUUAGAUAGCUUGGACAAUGUGGAGAUUGUUAUGGCUCUGGAAGAGGAGUUCAAGCUUGAGAUCCCCGAUUUAGAGGCUGACAAGAUCGAUUCCACCCGUCUCGCUAUUGAGUAUAUUUAUAACCAUCCAAUGGCCGGUUAAGUUGGGCCCAGUUCUUUCAUCUGAUUUAGUGUUUUAUGCCGCAAAAAGGGAACUGCUGAACUAGCUCCUGUUGUUCCUCUCGGUGCGUGUGGCUUGUCCAUUUUGUAUCAGGGACGGGAAAUAAUCAAGAUAAUCUUUUCAUGAGAGAUUUAAAUGACUGCCUAGAAAAAGCGCGAACUGAGCGUCUCUUUUAAGCAUCUGUAUGGAGUCUAUUGACAUUUGGGGGAUUUCUUUUGUCAAUGUUAAAAGACUGCUCUGCUUAGGGGUCUGGCAUUUCUUGUUUUGAAGGCUUCUCCUCUUACAUUUUACACCCUCAGUUUUCAUGUUCUCUAAGCUAUACUCCGUCCGGGAUCGAGGAAGAACUGUAAUAAAGAAACUUUCCCAUUGAAUAA